AGAGAGAGAGAGGUGAAGAAGAUAACAGAGGAGAAGAGGAAGGAGGAGGAGAAGGAGCGCCGUAACUGUUGAUCUCUUCAGUUUAGCCCUGAAUCCUCAAACCAGUACAUACCCAGUACAGUAUUCUCCAAAGGGCAUUCAUCUUCUGUGUUGUUCUCUCUCUCUCUCGAACAAAUAGUCUCAUAGUCUUCUCCAGUUCUCUGCAGUGAAAAGCUCCAACCUUUGCCUGUGUCUGUCUCUUGCUCUCUCUCUCUCUCUCUCUCUGUCUCCCUCUUCUUUCUUCCCCACUGGUGAUUCGUUGGGCCAUUUUGGGGGGUCAAAAAGAAAUUUCUGAGGUGGUGGCUUGUUGAAUCGACAUCGUUGGUUUUCCUGUCUGCACUUCCUCGGCUGCUGAACCUGCAGAGCUUUCUUCUGCUUGAUUUGGUGCUUGGGUUUGAGAUCUAUCAGUGUUGUCUCGGUCAAUCUCAUGCUGAGACAGUCCAUUGCAUCUCUCUCUCUCCUCUGAACUUCAGAUCUUGAGGGCUGAGCAGGAGGCAGAUUGAUGGAAAAGGAAGCGAAGAAUCAAAGGGCAAAGGAACCUGAUUUUGUGUUGCAAUGGGGGAAUAGGAAGAGGCACAGAUGUGUGAAGGUCAAGAGCAAAGACCCCAGCAUCGCCCCGACAUCCGCCAACAACAACAACAACAACAACAACAACCACAGCAACCUCAGCACCAGCAAAUUUUCAUCUGAUUCUAUGACGAGGAAGAGGUUGAACUCAAGUGUGUUAAACCCCAAGAAGGAUUCAUUUUCUCAGUCACCGCAUAGAGGUCUCACUAGGAGCUCUGACCCUCCUGCGAAUAAGAGGAAGCCAUCUCAGCAUUCACCGGAGAAGGAAGAUCGGUUCUACACUACAAGGGGAUCGGUGGGAGCAGACGAGAAUGGUAAAUUGUUAUUGGAUCACAAUGCGAAGAACGACAAAGGCGCUGUGGUCUGGCCAAAACUGUUUCUUUCAUUAUCAAGCAAAGAGAAGGAAGAGGAUUUCAUGGCUUUCAAAGGGUGUAAACCUCCUCAGAGGCCUAAAAAGAGAGCCAAGUUGAUCCAAAGGAGUGUUCUCUUGGUGUGUCCUGGUACUUGGCUAUCAGAUCUGUCCCACGAGAGGUACGAAGUGAGAGAGAAGAAGGCUUCUAAGAAGAAGCCCAGAGGAUUGAAGGCCAUGGGAAGCAUGGAGAGCGAAUCGGAAUGAGACAGACGGCACGACCCGACGGAGGAAGGAAAGGAAAGCGGGCUACAGUGAUGAUAAAAUCCAUAUAUGAUCUUUUUCUUCUUUUUGAUAGUUGAGAGAGUGAAUGGGAUGGUUAAAAAUUUGGGAGGUGUUUUAUUUGGUCAUAUCUUGAUGUAGAAAAAAAAGAUCACCGUUCCAUUUUUAGAUAUGCAAAAAUCAAAGUUCUCAUGUC